CGCAGAAGUAUUUGUCUUCAAACGGAACCAUGGGGCCACAUUUAUGCAACAUUUGAAUUUUUACAAACAAAUUCUUAUUUGCAACUAAGAAUACAUAAUAAACUACCCUCCAUGAAAUUUUAAUUCAUAUGAGUUCACGCUUUGAUCGCAAUCUCAUAUGGAAUUGUUGAAUCUAAUUAUACACAAAUAUAAAUGAUAUAUAAAAAUAUAAAUGAUUUUAUUACGUUCCGUUCCUAUUCCGUGCUGAAUCAACAGUUUGGCAACUAAGAGAAAACCGUUAAGAGAAAUGCGAUGCCCUGCUUUGCCGACGCGGACCACUCGGUCCGUCCCGAAUUGUUUCGAACCGGCCGAAAAGAGGAGCCGACGAAGAGGCGAACACUCGCAACAGGGUGGGGGUGGCUGAAGUUGAAGGACGGACGUGGAACACUGCCACUCGCCUUCAGUUCCGUGCGAAUUGGCGUUGGGUGUGGACGCGAGUGGCGGAAGCAGGCGGCGUCGAUAUAAACGAGCUCUUCCAUCUUUCGUGAUGCGGUAUUAGAAGUUGCCAGCUCAGAGAUUCCCGCAAAGUUCAAGUGACAAUUUGCCAGCCAGCAAUAACUUUCCGACGCAGGCAAAGCAAAUUGAAUUCGAUUCGAUUGUCUCUCGAUCUUUAUCGAUUCAUUACACCGAAAAAAGAGGGCAAACCAUAAAGUUCUGAGAAAAAGUUUUCUAGGCUCCGUUGGCGUGUGGCAAAGCAACCGAAACCAACCCGAAAUUUCGCAAAUGAGUUUUGCUAACGACGGACCAAACCAAUUAACAGAAUUCGUUCUUGUGUAAUAAAUAAAUUGCCAACAAUUAUAACUUGCAGUCCCACUGAGGCAUAUUCCAAUGAAAUGUGCCACAAAAUGUUUACGGCCAUUGAAGCUCAGAGCAAGAGACCAUAGACGAGGUGCAAGGUGUUGUGGUAGUGGCAGGAUAACUAAAAGGAAGUCACAGGGCUCGACCAAAAAUUUAUAAUUGAUAAUAGCAGUUGCCUUCGCAGAAAAAGCCACCGAAGCCGGGGACAUCGCACUAAUCUACCCUUUUACCAAAACGCAUGUAAACGCAACCGGAGCCCAAGGAAAGCAAGUGGCAGGGCAGGAAAAGAUGCCAUCGGCAGAUCAGAUCCUGUUUGUAAAUGUCACCACAACGGUGGCGGCAGCGGCUCUAACCGCUGCGGCCGCCGUCAGCACCACAGAAUUCGGAAGCGACAAGGACGAACGGGGGUAUGCGGAAACGAAUGCCGAUGCGGGCAUGGGAACGGAGUCGGUGGCCAACAUAUCCGGUUCGCUGGUGGAGGGCCUGACCACUGUCACCGCGGCACUGAGUACAGCUAAGGCGGAUCCGGAUUCCGCGGGAGAAUGCGACGGAGCUGUGGAGGAGCUGCAUGCCAGCGUCCUGGGCCUUCAGCUGGCUGUGCCGGAGUGGGAGGCCCUUCUCACCGCCCUGGUUCUCUCGGUCAUUAUCGUGCUGACCAUCAUCGGAAACAUUCUGGUGAUUCUGAGUGUGUUUACCUACAAGCCGCUGCGCAUCGUCCAGAACUUCUUUAUAGUGUCGCUGGCGGUGGCCGAUCUCACGGUGGCCCUUCUGGUGCUGCCCUUCAACGUGGCUUACUCGAUUCUGGGGCGCUGGGAGUUCGGCAUCCAUCUGUGCAAGCUAUGGCUCACCUGCGACGUGCUGUGCUGCACCAGUUCCAUCCUGAACCUGUGUGCCAUAGCCCUCGACCGGUACUGGGCCAUUACAGACCCCAUCAACUAUGCCCAGAAGCGGACCGUGGGUCGCGUCCUGCUGCUCAUCUCCGGGGUGUGGCUACUCUCACUACUGAUAAGUAGUCCGCCGUUGAUCGGCUGGAACGACUGGCCGGACGAGUUCACCAGCGCCACGCCCUGCGAGCUGACCUCGCAGCGCGGCUACGUCAUCUACUCUUCGCUGGGCUCCUUUUUUAUUCCGCUGGCCAUUAUGACGAUCGUCUACAUCGAGAUCUUCGUAGCCACGCGGCGCCGCUUGAGGGAGAGGGCCAGGGCCAACAAGCUCAACACGAUCGCUCUUAAGUCCACCGAGCUGGAGCCGAUGGCCAACUCCUCGCCCGUCGCCGCCUCCAAUUCCGGCUCCAAGUCGCGCCUUCUAGCCAGCUGGCUGUGCUGCGGCCGAGAUCGCGCCCAGUUCGCCACGCCUAUGAUCCAGAAUGACCAGGAGAGCAUCAGCAGCGAAGUCCACCAGCCGCAGGAUUCCUCCAAUGCGGGUUCCCACGGCAACAGCGAUCCCCAACAGCAGAACAUGGUCGUGCUGGUCAAGAAGUCGCGUCGCGCCAAAAUCAAGGACUCCAUCAAGCACGGCAAGGCCCGUGGUGGCCGCAGGUCGCAGUCCUCGUCCACCUGCGAGCCCCACGGCGAACAACAGCUCCUUCCCGCCGGCGGGGAUGGUGGUAGCUGCCAGGCCGGCGGAGGGCACUCUGGGGGCGGAAAGUCCGACGCUGAGAUUAGCACGGAGAGCGGGGGCGAUCCCAAGGGUUGCAUACAGGUCUGCGUGACCCAGGCGGACGAGCAGACGUCCCUCAAGCUGACCCCGCCGCAAUCCUCGACGGGAGUCGCCGCCGUUUCCGCCACUCCGCUGCAGAAGAAGACUAGUGGGGUAAACCAGUUCAUUGAGGAAAAGCAGAAGAUCUCGCUGUCCAAGGAGCGGCGGGCGGCUCGCACCCUCGGCAUCAUUAUGGGCGUGUUCGUCAUCUGCUGGCUGCCCUUCUUUCUCAUGUACGUCAUCCUGCCCUUCUGCCAGAGCUGCUGCCCCACGAACAAGUUUAAGAACUUCAUCACCUGGCUGGGCUACAUCAACUCGGGCCUUAACCCGGUCAUCUACACCAUAUUUAACCUAGACUACCGACGGGCCUUCAAGCGACUUCUAGGCCUGAAUUGAGGCAGCCUGGCAGGGGCGGGUGGAAGAUUUAGGCCGGGCCAACCAAGGUUCGAACGGGAAAGCGUUACUCAAAGUUUGUGCCAAACUUAAAUGGUCGUUUAUGCGAUCAGCGAAGAUCUCAGUCUGUAGUUGGACCCUCAGUUGGUGAACUUUCAAAUUAAACUUUUCUAUCACUUUCAAAUUCGUGCUUUGGGAACUCAUUUUCAAUAAGUCGAUAAAUUUGAUAAAGCUUGGCAAAUUGAAUAAUAUUUAUAUAUUUAACGUUUAGGCAAACUGCAAGCCACUACAUUGGAAAGUCGAAAAUGAGACUCGAGCAAUUACUUCAAGCAUUUUAUUUAUUUAGUUUUAAACAUUUUGUUUAUAUUCUGUUUUUCGCAAUCGAUUCAGUUGUACCACCACAAUACGCGUAAAUUGCUCAAUACUCAUACUAAAAUGGGUUGUGCUGGGAUUAAAGGGAGGAAGUAAGUAUGCCUCGAGCCACAGCUUCUAAGAAAAUCAUCAAAAUUACAUGGUAAAGAAUUAUACAUGUAUUUUACAUAUAAACCAGCUAAGUGACAUCCAGCAUGAGAAUAGCAUCAAAUUGAAUUUAAUACAAUUAAAUUAAAUGAUUAGGCAUAAGAAUUGUGGCAACUUUCGUGUUUCACCCCAUACGUAUGGAAAACCAAAAAGGUGUUAGUUAAAUUAAAUCUGCGCUCAAGAUAUGUAAGCAUCUACUAAUCUACUAAAUAACUUCCAAGAAAGUAACGAUUUCUAGGCAUCACUUUAACGAUUUGUAUUUAUAUGUAAUUUAAUUGUAGCUAAGCGAUAAGUCCAACCACUAUACCUAAUGUGUACUUUCAAAUACGCUUUUGACUAUUUGUUUAAUAAUUUAAUGAUUAAUUGUUUUAAUGGCAUAGCAAUUAUUGUGUUGAGUGGGCAGCUUAAAGCAGCACAUCAAAACUUACUUAAGAUAGAUAAAUGUUUAAUUGCACUUUACGAAAUGCAACAGAGUUGGCGAAAGGAGGUACUUUUACGGAUGUAUAAACUCAAGUAGUACUUGGCAAGUACAUGCUAUAUCGAAUAUGUAUAUCACAAUUUACGUCAUUUAACGACGAUGUAUGAUAGUUAAUUAAUUAACUUGUUUAACGAGCAAAAGCAAGCAAAG